UUUGCUCCUACAGAAAGUCAGCCCUGGACAUAUGAUAUGACAGUAGUGGCUGGUGAUACUGUACAACUCAAGUGCCAAGUGAAAGACCCUGAUUCUUCAUCCCUGCAGUGGUCGAACCCUGCUCAGCAGACUCUCUACUUUGGGGAGAAGAGAGCGCUUCGAGAUAACAGGAUCCAGUUGGUGCGCUCCACCCCCAACGAACUGACCAUCAGUAUCAGCAAGGUGGCCCUGGCAGAUGAGGGCGAGUAUACCUGCUCCAUCUUCACUAUGCCUGUGCGCACUGCCAAGUCUCUCGUCACUGUGCUUGGAAUCCCACAGAAGCCCCAAAUCACUGGCUAUGUGUCUGCAAUCCCGGAGAAGGGGAAAGCCCACCUUACCUGUCUGUCGAAAGGAAGCAAACCUGCUGCAGAGAUCAGCUGGAGGAAGGGUGAUCAGGAGCUCAAGGGGAAGCCACUCAUGGUUCAGGAGGAUGCCAAUAAAACGUUCACAGUGAGCAGUUCGGUGGAAUUCCAGGUGUUCCGGGAAGAUGAUGGAGUUGAUGUCACAUGCUCUGUAAAGCACAAGUCUCUACAGGACAUGGACAGGUCCACCUCUCAGCGGAUCGAAGUCCUCUACACACCAACAGCAAUGAUUAGGCCAUAUCCCCAACAUCCCCGAGAAGGCGAGAAGUUGAUGCUACAAUGUGAAGGUCACGGCAAUCCUAUCCCCCAGCAGUACGAGUGGGUGAAGACAGGCAUCGAACCACCACUGCUGAUGACCCAUGAGAGUGCCCUGAUCUUUCCGUUUCUCAACAAGAGUGACAGCGGCAUCUACCAAUGUACAGCCUCAAACAACAUGGGCAGCCACAUAGCCUACUACACUUUGGAUGUCAGCGACCACAGCCCAGUGAUCUCAACUUCCAGCACCUACCAUGCUGUCAUUGGGGGGAUCGUGGCCUUCAUCGUCUUCCUGCUGCUCAUUCUGCUCAUCAUUCUGGGCCACUACCUGAUCCGGCACAAAGGGACGUACCUGACACACGAGGCCAAAGGCUCAGAUGACGCACCAGACGCUGACACGGCCAUCAUCAAUGCAGAGGGCGGGCAGUCAGGCGGGGAUGACAAGAAGGAGUACUUCAUCUAGGGGUGUCUGCCCAUCUGUCACGGCCCCCCCGGGGGGGGCCCACCCUAGGGCCUGCCGGGGCCGAGGCACCAACCCGGACUUGUACAGAGCGACCCCAGGGCCGCCCCCUCCCGCUUGCUCCCCAGCCCAACCCGCCCCCCUGUACAGAAUGUCUGCUUUGGGCGAGGUUUUGUACUCGGUUUGGAAUGGGGAGGGGGGGGCGGGAGGGGAAGAGAGGGUUGCCCUCGGCCCUUUCUGUGGCUUCUCUGCGUUUGGGUUUAUUUUUUAUUUUUAACAAUCCCAGAAUCAAAUCCGUGUCCAGGCUGGAGGGGGCAGGGGCCCCUAGGGUGGGGGAUGGCAGGAACGGAAGGGUUAGGCGAGGAAAAGCAAAGGAGCAAAGAACAGAGGGGUCUGAAGAAAGGAGAGAGAUGGGCUGGUCCACUCCGGAGGACCGUCCAUUCCCUAGAGCAGAGCAGUUUCCCCAGUCUGAUACGGCCGGAACCACAUCAUCUCCAGGAAUGGGUCGGGGCAGGCUGUCUUGGGCCCCAGAGAGAGUGUUUCUUUCCUCAGAGAGCUAGGCAUGAGCUGGGUAGGAGGGAAACAGCAGAGGACUCUGGGAGCUUUGGGUUCUCGGGCCGUGGUCGUCGUGGCACUAGAGAGGCCAGCCUUGCCACUUUAUCUUGGACCGGCUCCCCCCACAGCCCUCUUACAGGGGAGGAAAGGGGUGGGAGAUGAGGACCAGAGACUACAGCGGAGGACCAGGCAGUGAGGCGGGGCGACAGUGCUUCACACUGAGGUGGAAACCAAGACAGAAAAGAGGAAGUCUAGAGUGAAAGAGCAGCUGAGGCUGGCUCGUCCCCCCCCCCCCCAACAUACACACUCGCUUCUAAGAUUUAUAUAAUACUGUAUCCCCUAUCCCUCCCCUCCCUCCAGAAGCAGCACAGCCAGGGGAUCAGGGCAUGACAGGGAGAAAGGAAUAGAGUGGGCCAGGAAAGGACAACAAGGCAAUACUGUCUCCUUCCUUUAAUGUCAGCAGUGGGAGAGGAAUUGCCCUGGGGCCCCAACCCAGCCUGCUCUCCCCUAUGGAGGGGCCCCAGACUCCCCUCCCAGGCAUUGAACUGUUGCAUGGCAACCCCUUCUAAGGCAUUACAAACCAGCCAGCCAGCCCUCCCCUCCUAUGCCAUCCCAUGCCAAAGCCCCUUGCCCCCAGCAGACAGAUACAUAUAACAUUUGCAAACAAAAAACCUAGAAGGAUCUUAACUGCAUGGAGCUGUUCCCUGCCCAAGACCCCAGGACAAAGAGUGUUGGGGAGGCCUGUGGGUAGGUGGUGACUGUGGGAAGGUAUACAGAAGGGCUUUGGGAGAUUAGGGUACAUACCUCACCCAGGGAGGAUACCCUGUCCUAGUCUUAACCAUGUUUACCCCCCUGCCCCCCGCAGUGCCCAUCUGCCUCCAAGAGAGGAAUCUCAGGGUGGGUCUCUGCUCAGCAUCUGCCCUGACCUCCCCACUGAGGACACACACACACACACACAUACUCAUUCACACUCAAACCCCUUCCCCUGCCACUAAGUCUAUGCACACCCCAGGCCUCUCCUGGAUACUAACUUCCAAUCCCCUCACUUCCUCGCCUCCCUCCCCCCCACCCCUAGUCUGCUCAGUGGGGUGAAGGCCUGGGAGGGUUGGGGGUGAGGUCUCCUGUCUUUGCAUCCCCGCCCUUUCUUCUCCUCAUCCGUUUUGCCUCCUUGGUCCUGAGCUGGUUGCUAUGGAGACGAGGCCUGCUCACUACCCCCUCCCCAUCCUACCCUGCUCAGUCCGGCUGCUUUAGGGCUCCUGGCCUGCUCCCAACUUGGGCCCAGGACUCCUUUCGGCACUCCCCUCACUCCUCUCCCAGCCUAUGCCAGCAGCCCCAGUAAGAAUGGUGGGGAGGAGGGGCAUUUGCAACCUGGCAAGGGAACCCACCUCUCUCCCUCCCUGCCAAAGUAUAGUCUCCCUUCAGUUCAGGUACCGCCCUUCUGAAUCUUCCAAACGCUGGGCACAGCAGGCAGCCCCACACCCAGACCAGGGGCCCAAUCCCCCUCCAACUGAAAGGGCCCCGGGACCCCGGCCCUGCCGGGCUCUCCAUCCCGGGCAUCCCCUUUCGGGACAAACAACUAACUCUUUCGAGCUGAACCACUCUGUCCAUAUACACAGAAGCCAUAUUUGUACGGGGGGGCGGGGGAGGGGGGCCUGUCGUGCUGUGUAUGUCUGUCCAGGGAGGCGGGAGGGAAGGGGCCGGGACGGGAGGGGAUCGUGUAUCUUUAUAACCUUUCUAAUUCUCCUGUGCUAAUCUCAGAGGGGCUACUCCUCAAUAUAUCUGGAUUAUCCGUG